GGUAUAAAGCAAAUUUUAACAACCUAAAAUGACAUAACAAAACAUUAAAAUAACUUCGGGUAAUUGCAGAGAAACAGCUCCCCUUGAGGAAAGCGGUAGCGAGCCAACGCCCGCCGCUGGUUCCUUGUCCCUCCUUCUUUUAGAGUUUCCGCAGAGCUUCUGUGGUCGUGUUGGAGUCCAAUCACUGCAUUUCAUCUAGACCUCUUCUCGGAGAAGUUGAUUCAUCCGCCUGAGGGGAAAAUAACGACUCGCCAGUUUAUAUACGCAGCACACUGUCUGUUUAGUGAACUUCGGUAAAGUACAGAAUGGCCGAUACAACUGCUUCCGGCUCUCCCAGCUGCGUGGAGAGGCUGAAAAGCUACGUGAAGACCCCGAAAGGGCUCACCCUGGCAGCAGAAAUACUUGUCAGUUUUAUCAUCAUCAUCUGCUAUGCUUCUUCCUGGUGUGGAGGCUACACUACGUUGCCCAUAUGUGAGAUGACCUUCUCCACGAUCUUCUUCGUCAUCUUCAUGAUGGACUUGGACAAGCAGUUCUUAGGGAUCAACUGGGUCUGGACUGAUCUGUUCCGUGCUGCGGUUGGUGCCGUCCUCUACAUCAUCACCUCUCUGAUCAGUCUCAUUAGAGGAUCUGGGGAUGGAGCUUGUAUCGCAGGCGCGGUGUUUGGCUUGAUCGCUGGGCUGAUAUUUGCAUACGACACCUACACAAUCUACCUCCAAAUCCAAAGUAAAAGACAGAACUCAGCUGCUCCAACUGAUGACAGAGUUUAAAUGUUCUCAGACAGAAAUACUUCUGUCAAGAACACAGAAGAACCAAAAGCAGUCAUUUGGGCAAAGGUUAACAGAGGAGCGGGUCAGAGAGGAGGAUGGACAGUAAAAUGAGCAAGUCACAGUUUAAUAAAUGCUGCUGCAUGGCCUGAACAGAUGAAAUGUAUCUUAAAGAAUGAAGCCAGAGAAGAAGAUGGCAUAGCCUUAAUGAGGGGUGCUGGCAUCUGUCUGUAUGUCUCCUCCAUGAGGGAUUCCCCUCUCAAACUUUUAUUCCAACCAGAGUAAAACGGGAAAGAUUAUGAAAGAGCGACCUAGCACUCACAGAAUCCUCAACCGAUGCUUCUGAGAUAAUUCCAUAACAGCAAAGAUGCUGGUAAAGUAUAACCUCCUGGGUGAUAAAAAGCUUUUUAAAACAUUAUUUUGGGGGCAGCAAACUCAUAAAGCACUCUUUUUUCCAGGUGUCCCCUACAUCACAAGUUUUACAGUGCCUUAAAAGUCUCAUUCAGAGUAACCAGUUCCCUCACCUUCUUCCGUUUCAUCUUUUGUUUCUAAGUACUAAAACAUUUGAUUUCAUUUUUAUUAAUCAGCAAUCUUUGGCCGUUUUUCUUCUAGAGGUUUGGAA